AUGAAAAUUCAAAUAAUAGGAAGAAUUCUUCUGAUCCAGUUGUGUUUGCUCACCAUUGUAUUAGCCAGCAACAGAGCAGUGGUCGAAUUCGAAAGUACCGGAACCAAACUGGUCAACUCAUUAAGGGUUUUGGCUAACUACUCACAGAGUUCUGUGUGUGCUGAUGAAAAAAUAUCCGGAAUCGAGAGACAGAUAGGGGAAGUUAAAGAUAUGUAUGGUAGCCACUCUUUUAUUCUGAAGGGGUUAAAUGGUAUACUGAAUAACAAGGCAAAUAUGCUGGCAAGGGAAAUUCAAAUGGAAACUGUUGGCAAUAACACAUUUGAAACAGAAACAGGAAAGCUAACUAAGGGUCUGAACCGAGCCGUAAAGAUAUCUCCGUUUAAGUACAUCAAAAAAUUCAAGACCGUUUCGACUAAGAAGCUUGAAAGCCUCUUGAAUAAGUAUGAUCUGGUUGCCAAAAAGGGCGGAGAAUUGACAGAGGAACAGAAGAAAAAGAAGGAGGUGCUCUCACGGAUCAGUAGAGUGGUUGCUGCAACAACGAUAGAGGCUGGCCUGGCACAAGGGGUGGUUGAUUUAUGUAUAACGGUGACAACUAGUCUGUGCUUAGUCUCGGCCAGCAUUGGAGGCGUCGGGUUUCUUAUUUGGCUCACAAUUAUAUACCAAGCUCUGACUUAG